UUUGCUCCAUUCCAGUCAUUAUUAUGAGCCGUCCUCCCCUCAGCAGCCUCCACUGUUUUGCACAGUGGACUGUAUGUGGUUGACCCCUUUCUUCUUCCUACCACAAAAAGUAAAAAGACAAAAUGUGUCUAUCGAUGUUAUGAAGGUAGUAUCACAUUUUACACAUUCUGGGUUAACUUUCUGGUUGUCUAUGUAGACUAUUUGCAUUACUUCAUUUUUCAUGACACUCCAUGAAUCCUGCUAAACAACUUUGGUCAUAAACUUUGGAACUCAGUAUUGUUUUGUCACAGGAAGUCACACGGAUAUUCUCGUAACGUUGACUGUAGUGGCAAAGUGUGUUAACACAUUUGGACCAAAACCCACAAUCUCUCGUAGCACCUUCAGUUUCUCUGAGCCACAUUUACAAUUUGACCACACAGACUUACUCAUAGAGAGGCAGCAUGUGCCCUUACACUACAUUGUACACAGUACCAACCACUGAAGACACCUGUGACUGCAGGACAACUUUUAGCUCAGCAGAAGUUGUUUUUAUGUAUGUAGUCUACCAGUCUUUGUAGUUAUUUGUGCAGCCCCCACCACACCUCACAACUUAUGUCUGGUUUCAGCAUAUGGUAAAUGUUUAGCUCCUCCUUCCACCCACACAUAGAGUCCUUCCUGGGCUCACUCAGAAAGGUACUGUAGCUAUGAUAUGUAGGAAGACUGAGUGAGAAGCCCACAUUUGAGACCAUAAAAUGGACAUCUGGAACAAAGUGAUCAACUUGCUGUUUCUUAUAGCACUCAUGGGAACAGUGAAGUCUGCUCUGAUCAUGGAUCCACCCCAAAGGAGAGUGGAAGUUCCUCUUGGCUCCUCUCUGACCCUCAACUGCAGUUUUGAGCCCCAGACUAGUGUCUGGGUGAAGUGGUAUUUCAACCAAAUCCGAACAUGCUGCGACUCUAGUUCCAGUCAACUUUCCUCCCAUAAGAUAUCGGUCAACAAGACUGUGGAGCAGAAGGAUGGAGGUCAUGUCCUUCAGGAGUCUGGGAGAGCUUGGUCCAGACUGACUGUGAGAGAUGUCAGGCACAAUGACAGUGGGUGGUACUUCUGCCAGGUUGUGGUAGAUAUCCCUUUCCAUAGAAACAGUAACAGCAAUGGAACUCAAGUUAUUAUAACUGGCAACAAGACAGAGAGUACCCCUCCAUUGAUGACAGUAACUCGGUCUCCCCACUCCAAUGGGGGUUUGCUUGUAGGCUGGAAGCUGUGGGUAGCAGUGGGAGCAGCGAGUGCCAUACUGGUCACACUGCUAGUGGUCAUCUUAUUACAACGAAGGAGUAGCAAGAUACAAAGAGAGAAUCCUAUCUAUACCAAUUUGCCUCCACCAAACAGAUCUGCAGUAAAACAGCCCUCUCCGCGUCCAGGAAUACAGAUGGACAAACAGAAGAUUUCUCCUCCUUUAAAAGAUCUCAGGACCCCAACUCUUGCCAGAACCCAUGACAACAAACCCAUCAAAAUCCCAACUCCACACAAAGCAAUUGACAACAAACACCUCAAGAUCUCAACUCCACCCAGGGCCCAUGACAACAAACACCUCACCAAGACCCCAAAUCCACCUAGGGCCCAUGACAGCAAACACCUUCCAACUCCUGCCAGGGCACAUGACCUCAGGACCCCAACUCCAUCCAGGGCCUAUGACAGAAAAUGAUUCAUAUUUCCUCUCCUGAAACUUCCAACAGAUAAAACUAUCUCAGCAUGUAAUUUAGUAUCUUGUGAGUGAAGUCCGACUCUGUGCUAUCCUCUCUUACAGGAGCUAUCGCUUCAGUAUUGUUUUUGGUUGCUGUUCAUUCAUUUUCCAGCAGAUGGCAUGCUAUGGUAGCCUACUAAUUUAGGAUAAAUUAUCGUUGUAUAAAUAUUAUUCUCAGGGUCAUUUAAAGUUACCUGAGUUCAGUAAAGCAUAAUUUAGUAACAAGGAAAAUAAGUGCUAUUUUCUGGAAUGUAUUUUGUAUAGGUUGCCUUUGUAAAAAAGACGGUUUGGCAACACAUACUGGGCUUGAAAUACAUAUCUAUAGCUGUUUUUAGUGAAUUCAUAACAUUCCAUAUUUCAAUAUUUUCUUACAAUGGUAGUGCCAAAAUUGUGAAACAAUAAAGUAUGUGACUGGCAAUUGUGCUAUGAAUUUACACAAAAUCGGAUACAUACA